UAUAGAUUUUCGUAAAAAUAUAAAAAAGAAAAAAAAUUGUUUUAAAAUGUAAAAACAAAAAUACCCUUAAUAUAUAUAUAUAUAUAUAUAAAAUAAAUAAGAAAAUAUAUUUCAUAUUUUAAAAUUAUUACAAUUAACCUAAAAUGUAUAGAGAUAAUAUCAAAAAAACAAGGUGCAUGAACUAUAUAGUAUUAUCAUUACAUACGUUACCUUUAAUGGAAGAAAAAAAAAGGUGCAAUAUUUUCACAUCUAUUUUUUAAUUAUUUAAAUAUAUAUAUAAUGACAGCAAAUUAACACCUGCUAAUAUUAUAUAUAUAUAUUUAUUUAAAAAAAAUCAAAGUAACGGUUGUUAAUUUUUUUUCACCUCUUCUAUGAAACGAUACAUACGUAGACACAUACAUGGUAAUAUUACAUUAACACCAAAUACCAUUUAUACACAUACAAGUGGCCUAUAUAUAUGUAUAUAUUUAUAUAUAUAUAACACUCUUGUACUCACUCAUUUCACUCAUUGUUUUUUCUCUUUCUCUCUAGAUCUUUGUUUUUGUCUCUUUUCAUCUUCUUCUUUUUUCUUAGCCCUAGCUAGUAAUGGAGAUAGUUGAGAUUAUUUACAUAUAUAUUGAUGAGAUUUUUCCACCAAAACCCAAACCAAAAGAAUUAACCAAUAAUUUGUUUGGACAGAUUUUUGUGCCUGAUGAUGAUGAUGAUGAUGAAGAGAAGAAGAAAAAUGGGUUUUGUAUUAAUCGAAACAAGUUUUUAUCGGUCACUUAUUUAAGACAAAUAAGUGUUGGGGUGUAUGAACCAGUCUACACACUGAUUCAACAAGCAAAUUUAAACAAAUAUCUUCUGAAACCAUAUGAAUCAAAUUUUGAGUUGCAAAUAUGUUUGCAUGAAGAUGCUGAAGAAGACAUCCAAAAUGAUGAUUUUUCGUACUCUGAAAACUAUGCGAUUGAAGCAUUCCCGCUAUCUUAUCAACUACCAGUGGCAAUGGCGCCUCCUCCUCCGAUCCCAACUGCCCUUCGAAAGGGCAAGCGAUGGAGAGCACCAAGACCUUAUGUGAUGAGGAAGAAAAAGAAUAUGCAACAUUCUGCAAAGGUUGCUAAACUUGAAAAAGAAAUCAAUUGGCUCCAAGAUUGGAUUAUUGAAGCUAGACCUCGCAAAGAUGGCAUUAGACAUGAUUAUUAUUACUACCAUAAAGCAUCGGGUCAAAGGUGUCGAUCAUUGGUUGAGGUUUAUAGUUUCCAUUCUUAUGGAUAUCUCCCGAGAAAAUCUGAUCCAAUCCAAUCUAAUCCAUCUACAGUAAUGCUAGAACAGUUGGAACAAAAGCCAGAACCAGAAUCAGAACCGAAAUCAGAACAUGUUAUGAUGAAGAAAACCAAUAGGAAGAAAAGGAGUUUUGAUGACUAUUCUUCUAGUCAUGAAUUAUAUCCAAUAAAUGAAAAUAAUGAUCUUGUUGAAACUUCUUCAUCAUCAAUUAUUGAUGAACCACCAAUGUCUAUUGAAGAAUUUCUUAGAGAUUCUUAUAAUAAUCUCAUGAAUACACCUCCUAGCCCAAACUCAUCAUCUGAGUCUACACACAUGGAUAAAAAAUAUGUUGAAGACUUUCUUAGAGAUUCAUAUAAUAAUCUCAUCUAUAGCAUUCCUGCUUCAAUGCAAAAAUCAUCCAAAGGGUAUAAGAAGAGGAGAGUUGCUCGUGAGAAGAAGAGUAGUGAAGAAAAAUCAGUCCCUAUGGAUAUAAUAGUGAUUGAUUAAAGGGUCCAUUUGUUUGCACUUAAUGAAAAUAUAUAUCUGAUUCAGUCAGUUCUGAAAGAUGUAUAUUUCGAUUGGUGAACGAUGUCGUUUUUAGUUUUGUUUAAGUUAUUUCGAACUUAAUGUUUUUAGUUUAUUUGAAUAAUUCAAAAGUGGAUGGUUUUAUAUUAUUAUCAUAUAAUCAAUAAAAUAUUUAUCGUGUUUGUCAUUCUCUCAAAACCAAAAUUACAUACAAAGAAUUAUUAAAAGUAAAAAUAUUUAAAAAAGAAAUGGAAAAGCUUUCUGUUCUCUUGUGGUCAGGGCCGGCCCUGAAACAAAGUGGGCCAUAGGGGAAAAAAAAAAUUUUGGGCCCUUAUGUUAGAAAAAAUGUGGUAUUUUUCAAAAUUGGUAAAAAAAAAUUUAUA